AUGACCGCAUCAUCCAAACUCUUUCAACCGAUCAAGCUCGGUAGUGCCCAGUUAAAGCACCGUAUUGUUCUAGCACCCAUGACCCGUCUUCGAGCCACCGCAGAUCAUGUCCCCACUGAUUUGAUCCGCGAGCACUACGAGCAGCGUGCCACCGAUGGUGGACUUCUCAUCACAGAAGCAACGUUGAUUUCUCCCUUUGCUGGUGGGACACCUCUUGCACCUGGUAUUUACACUCCCGAACAAGUUGAAGGCUGGAAACCCGUUACCGAUGCUGUCCAUGUCAAGGGAGGUGUCAUUUAUAGCCAGUUAUGGCACAUUGGUCGAGCUACUUCAUCUGCCUUGAUGCCAAACAACGUCAAGCCUGUCUCUGCCUCAGCCAUUGCUAUUAAAGGAGCAAACAUGGCAACAGGUUCCGAUCACGAAGUCCCGCGCGCAUUGGAAUUGGAUGAGAUCCCUCAAGUUAUCGAAGAAUACGCCGUGGCUGCCAAGAAUGCUAUCAAGGCCGGUUUCGAUGGCGUUGAGAUCCAUGGUGCCAAUGGAUACUUGAUCGAUCAGUUCAUCAACAGUUCUAGUAAUGUUCGCACGGAUAAAUAUGGUGGAUCGAUGGAGAAUCGUGCUCGCUUUGCCUUGGAGGUCGUCGAUGCUGUUGCGGCAACCAUUGGAUCUGAAAAAACUGCCAUUCGUUUCUCGCCUUUUGGUGGUUUCCAGGAUAUGAACGACGAUUCCCCUUAUCAAACUUGGUCAUACAUCCUUGAGCAACUCUAUAGCAAGCAUCCAAACAUAUCCUAUGUGCACAUGGUUGAGCCACGCCUCAAUCUUUUAGGUGAGGAGAACGCAGAGACCAGCGAUUCACUAGAUCCCUUCCGCGGAAAAUGGCAACACGGCGUCUUUAUAUCUGCGGGUGGUUACACUUAUGCGCCAAAGCUUGCAGAAGACGUCGCUGAUGCCACAGGCAAUUUGAUCGCCUUCGGUCGUAGCUUCACCUCCAACCCUGAUCUCGUGGAACGCUUGCGAAAUGGAUGGCCUUUGAAUAAAUACGAUAGAUCCACUCUAUAUGGCGGAGGCGCUCAGGGAUACACUGACUUUCCUGUCUAUGCACCUUAA